AUGACUUGUAGGCAUAUACCACAAGUAUCUUCAUCAUCAUUACCAUCAUUAUCAUCAUCAUCAUCACCACUACAAUGUCAUUACAGUACUAGCAACAAUACAACAACGACGACGACAAGGAAGACUAAGAAGUGUUCAAAGUUUUCCUUGUCUUCACCUUCUUCAUCAUCAUCAUCAUCAUCUUCUUCAUUAUAUACUAACAAUAAUAACAAAUCAAUAUCAACAACAACAAUCACAAUCACAAAAGAUUUAUUGUACAGUAAUUUAUUAGUACAAUAUACAACCAAUGCCAACGUAUUAGAUCAAAGAGAAUUGGAUUCUCUUAAAUGGGUAAUUAAUCAAUAUGGUAUGGGUGCACCAUUGGAUUCAUCGGCUUGUAAUAAUCUACACUUUCCUUAUUUUUCAUGUCAAUUUGUUAGAGGUUUCUAUCGAGUCGUUCGAAUUGAAUAUGAAGAAAAUAAUCAAAUAUUUCAAGAUAAUAUUGAUACAACGAUAACAGAGUUGUAUUUCCCAGAUUUGGAAAGAUUCUAUUUAUAUACCGAUCCCUUUCUAGAACCAAGUAAAAAUAUAUUAUCACUUCUCCAAAAUAUGCCAUAUCUUGUUGACCUAAGAAUUAGAAAUCAAAUGAGAUUAACAAUCAUCCCUGAUAAAUUCCCUUUUGAAUCAAAAUCUUUAGAAGUUUUUCGAUUUACAAAUAAUGCAGCAAAAGAAAUUACUAAUUUUAAUUCUACCUUUUAUCCAAAAUUAAAAGAUUUUGAAUUUUCAAUAAUAUCAUCAAUACCAAACGAUUUUGGAAGAGGAAUGACAUCAAAAAUAACGGUCAAUGUUAAAUCUGGUAGUAAUUUGGCACCUGAUUCAUUGUGUAAUGUUAGUUCAUUGUCGGUGCAAUCAUAUUAUCCGGGUUUGACAAGUGGUUAUGUUGCCAAUUGUUUUCUGUGUUAUCUCAAUAUUGCACCUGUACAUAUACACCCACAACCUGUUAUACCACCAUUGCUGGAUUGUCCAUCGAUCAUUUCAGUGACUGGUAUUCGAUACACAGCCUCCAAGAUCACCAUUUAUGGUACUAAUCUAGGUUGGGCAGUUCAAGGUGACGUUGAUUAUCUCUUGACUGCUAUUGUACCAAACUCUAUUCUCGAAUAUGGUGUCAACCCACUAUCCCCCAAAUUUGCAGCAUCGAUUAGUGAAGGAGACCAUCCUUUGGCAUCGCUAUCGGCCAAUCGAGACACACUCCAACUCUUUCUCUCUGGGUCAAAAGGUCUAAAGAUAUCAGUACCACUCUACAAGAUAUCAUUGGACGAUGUAGUCACUAGACAAGAAUCAUUUUCAAUCUCUGUUGAAAUGCAAGUCUUUUUCAAUCCAAAUCUCAAACAUACAUUCUUAUUUGAUGGUCAACCCAUUUGCUCAGACCUCCAACCCCCUUUAAAACCAGGUAUCCUUUCAUGUAGAGUACCCAUCCUUCCAACUGGUGGUGAGCAAUUUAAUAUUACAGUUUUAAAUGAUUAUGAAUCUUCAACUUUUAUUUCAACUUUUACUUUGGGUACUGUAUAA